AUGGCUGAAACUUCUUUGGAGCACAAGUUUACUUUGAGACUCGUCGUUGAUGAAGAGAAGAAGAAAGUCAUUUUGGCAGAGGCUUGUAGUGACUUUGUUGAUGUGCUCUUGAGCCUUGUGACGCUGCCAAUGGGCACCAUUGUCAGAUUGCUUGAGAAUCAUCGAAAACAAGAGGUUGGUUGUUUAAGCAACCUCUAUAAAAGUGUUGUGGAGAUGGGCACUGAUGAUUUUGAGACCGAAGCAUGUAAGCAGAUGCUCCUUUGUCCGAGGAGUGUGAGGGAUGUCCAGUGCAAAAGGCUUAAGCUCAACUUACACCCUACCGAGGGCAACAAGCUGUUUGCGUGCCGAGCAAAAGUUGUAGACAACAUAGAAGAUGGAGUAUUUGUUAGAGGCAGGUCUUCAUUCAUCAUAACUGACGACUUAAAAGUGGCAGUUAGAUCCACUGACCUUGUCUUGAGAAAGCUCAAAUCCGUAGGCUGUGGCGAUUUCAGUAAAUUUGAAGAAAGGCUUGUUGAUAUCGGUUUUGAAGAGGUUAUGACUCUGCUGCAAUGUAUCUUCUCCUCAAAUGCUCCCUUGACGGACACGUUCUUGAACAAGCAAAGCCCACAAGGUGUGACCAAGACUUGCGAAACGCUGAGUUCAUAUAUGGAGAGAAACGUAGAGGAAUCCGAAGCUGAACCGAAAAAAGUUAUAACUCUCAGUGCCAUCGUGAGGAAACAUGACAUGAGGGUUUUGUUUGUUGAGUGCGGAGAAGACUUUGUUGACCUUCUCUUCACUUUUCUUGCUCUUCCGCUGGAAUCUGUAGUGGAGAUCUCUGGUGACAGCUCCACUUUUGGGUGCAUUGGAAACCUGUUCAAAAGCUUCCAGGCCUUGAGUGCCACACAAGUUUCAGCAUCCAAACCCUUGCUCCCUCACUACUACAGAUGUCAGAAGCAGCUGCUCAACAUCACCACUGCGCAGCGUCCGCCUUAUCAAAGAACGAACUCUCUGGUUUUGAUUGAUCCAAAAUCUCAUGGAAGCGAUCAGCCAACAGAGAGUAGUGGAUUCGUGAAGAGAGACACCAAGUUUAUAGUAUCAGAUGAUCUGAUCAUUACACCGAUGAUCUCCACCUCAACCUUUUGCAUACUGAAGAAGUUGCAGAUUGAAGCAAAGGAUCUCGAGGUGCAAGAAAUAUGCAUCAGCAAAACACAGGCGACAAGUUUGUUGAGAGCUUCCUUGGUGACAACCUCUGCACUAAACGCUGCCUUAUGGAACAUGACUUUGAAGAAUCCAAAGGAAGAGGCUUGAAGAAACCCAUUGUCCAUCUUUUUACUAUCUCUGUUCUUUCCUUAGACACAAGUGUUUUUAGGAACUUGUUGGGUAUACUAGAUAUGUCUCCAGAGAUUUUUUCUUUUUCUUUUUUAGUUAUUCAGACUUGACAGAUUCCCAAUUUUGGAGAAAGUAUUUUUACAGCAGUGAUGAGCAAAAUUACAAUCGCUCUUCGGAAUCGUUAAAAUUGUGCACUCAAGGAGAAGUUCAAAAG